GAACCUGUCGGGAGCUGUUGUCAAAUUGUCUUCCCAAAAUGGCGUUCAGAAUUAAUGAUACAAUACUGUGAUUGGUGUAUGCGAACCAUACAAAUCGAAGCUAAGUAACUGACAAAAUGUUAUAAAUACUAAACAUUCAUACUAAAUCAUUGAUAUUAUUCUAAAUAAUUAUUUUUAAAAUUUAUAACAUGAACCCCAACAAUAUUGCAUUAUCCAACGCCGAUUUUAUCCGUCUUUACGAAACUGCCAUCAAUCGUAUGGAAGCAAAGUGGGAGACUAAGUUUGCUCAGUUAACUGCAGAUAUGAAUCGUGGAUUUCGUAAUGUUCCUGUAGCCGUGAGCAAUCACAUGUACCUGAAAUCUGGAGAACAUUGUAAGUGCUGCAGUCAACUCAAAAAGCUUCAAAGAUCCAACAGCAAGGCCUCCAUCCAAAAGCCACUCGCAGUAGAGUCAGCAGAGCAUCUGCAAGAUCAACUCCGUCGAGCAAUUGCGCACUACAAGGAAAAUGGUCUGGUCGAAAAAAUUGAUGCCAUGAUGAUAAUUUUUGGAUCUAGAUCAAUUGAAAUGCGUAAGGAUAACAAGAUCGAAGACUUUGAGAUCAUGACCGAGGCGUAUCUCAAGUCAAUUUCGUCUGAGCUUUGCAGUGAUCAGGAUAUCACGGCCAGAGCCAAAGAGUCAUACAACAACGUCCAUUCCCUGUGUAAGCAUUUUGUCGUAGCAUAUCUCGGUGACAAAUUGCUGACACAUUUUACAUGGAGCUCACUUGAUGUCAAGGUCCGUAAGGAGAUGACCGCCUUGUUUGAGUGCAUCUUUCUGUUCUGGAACAAGCGUGUGGGUAUAAGUGGAUUCCCAACAACUUUCGCCGCUGAGAUGAUCUCGGAUGCAGAAGCUCACACCCCGGUGAUGCCACUGUACUGUGCUGACAAGAACUGGAUGGCACGUCGUAUGCUGAUUUCAGCCAUUCAAACUGCUGUCCCAGUUAAACCAGUACGACGUCCAGUUUCCUCAGGCGUGUCCAACAACUUUGACAGCUUGGGGUUAUCCGAAGAGCCUCUGGGUAACACGUCCACAUUCAAUGUCAGCAUGAGUACGUUGAGUUCUUUUGGGCGGGUCAGAAUGCCAGACGACGAUGCUCCGUCAGUCUCUUCUAACAGAGACAUUCUCAACUGUUUGUCUGACGAUGUGUUUGACGAUGUGCUUGACGAGGUGUCCGAGGAGGUGUCCGAGGAGGUGUCUGAGGAGGUGUCUGAGGAGGUGUCUGAGGAGGUGUCUGGUGCGAAGAGACAGCUUUCCAAUUCAAAUGCAGAAGGUGAAAGAAGAAAAAGUCAACGGUCUCGUAAUGCUUAGAUCCGUUUUUUUAAAAGUCAACUAAAAAAAUUUUGUAUAAAAAACCUAUUUUUUCUUAAAAUAAAAUUUUUUCUUUUCUUUCCCCAACAAUA